AUGGGCUUUUCAUGUAUGGCUUCAAAGGGCAGCAGUCCUACUAAGCACACAGCUUACUCUGCUACCAUUCCUCUCCCACAGGGGAAGGUCCAGGCAGCUAUGCAGGAAGAGAGGGCAAAUCAGAAAAGAUAUGAUGAGUGGGAAGAUGACCUUCGAAAGGAGAGAACUUUCCGGAAGUGCAAAGUAAGUAGUGAUGAAGACAGAGUUCAGAUGGAGUUUAAAGGACUUCAGGAAUUCCUGGACUCCAAGGAGAAGAAUGAGCUGCAGAAGCUGAAGCAGGAGGAGGAAGACAUUAUGAACAGCCUGGCACGGUCUCAAAGGAAGCUGGUGAAGCAGAGGAGGUCAGUGAGAGCCCUCAUCUCAGCUCUGGAGCAUCAGUUGCAGUGCCCAGCCAUGGAAAUGCUGCAGGGUGGGAAUUCUGUCCUAACAAGGAGUCAGACCUUAAGACUGAAACGGCCUGAUAUGGUCCCAGGAAAACAGAGAAUGAUCUUUCGAACUCCAGAUCUGAAAGGCAUGCUGCAAGUGUUUCAAGGGCUCAUGGAUGCUCAAAAAUACUGGGUUCAUGUGACCCUGUAUCAAGGCCACAAUAAAAACGUUGUCAUUAAUGAGGACAAAAAAGAAAUACAACACGGAAAUGGUUUUAGAAGAAAUUUGCAAAUUUCUGAGACCUAUGAUUUUGGUGUCCUGGGAUAUCCACCGUUCUACUCAGGGAAACAUUACUGGGAAGUGGAUGUGUCUAGAAAUGAUGCCUGGCUCCUGGGAUUAAAUGAUGGAGAACGUGCUCAACCCCAACUUUGUGCAGGGAAUGAAAAUGGCAUCAAAGUCCAAUAUAAUCCUGAUGCUAAACAACAUGUAAAUUAUCAGCCUAAAUAUGGCUACUGGGUUAUAGGGAUGAAGAAUGGGUCUGUAUAUAAUGCCUUUCAAGAGUGUUCUGUCACUCACAAUGCCAGUGUCUUGGUCCUUUCUCUGACUGGUCGUCCCAGUCGCAUUGGAGUUUUCCUGGACAGAGAAGCUUGUACUCUCUCAUUUUAUGAUGUUUCCAACCAUGGAGUUCUCAUCUAUAGAUUCUAUGAACCUUCCUUCCCUGAUGAAGUUUAUCCAUACUUUAAUCCUAUGUCAUGUUCAGAGCCAAUGACAGUAUGUGGGCCACCCUCCUAAACCCUCACCCAUAUCUGCACAGUGCCCCGUGUCUGAUAUACCUCAUAUGCCUGAGCUCCCUGGCAUCAUCAUGACUGUUUCUGCCUUUGCCCUUUCCUUGUUAAUAAACUUCAGUUCUCAAUACAAA